AUGGCAAGUCUCGUCUCGCAACGACCCCAAGCCCCCGCGCGCUUCGGCGGCGGUGCGCAGUACCCGUACCCCAAGGAGGUCUGGUCCCCCGCCGGCGGCUGGUGGUCCCGCCCGGCCAACUGGAAGUCGUCGACCGGCCUCGUCUUCCUCGGCGUCGGCCUCGCGACCUACGGCGUCUGGAGCUACUCGGCUCGCAAGGAGUGGCGGCAUACCGAGCCGACUCGCCCUAUCCCCUCGAUGAUGUGGGCCCGGCAGUUCAAGACGGGCGAGCUCGGCGUCAAGGACGAGAGCAGCCUCCGGGGCGAGCCUGUCUCGCACCACUGA